AUGUCUGAUCAAGAUAUUCACCCAAGUAAAUACAUUGAAUUGCGAAGUACUUAUAAAAACUACAUCGAUUUGUAUAAUACGUUGUAUCAGCUAAAAACCGAAAAUGAAGGAGAAUUAAACUCAAUUUACCAAAUGAUCAAGACAAAAUUGAUUGGUUCAAAGAAAUAUCUUCCCCAAGUGAUUAUAAGAGAAAUUUUAAACAUAAUUCCGUUUAACAAUCGCUAUACAAAGUCAUAUUUAUCUCUUGCCAAACUCGUAUCUGAUGAAUAUCAUGUCAAAGAGGUCAAAUAUGUUAAAGAUUUGUCAAACUUCCUGUUUUAUAAAGAAUAUGGAAUUAAAUUAGACAAAUCGCGUGAUUUCGAAAAAGAUUAUUUUAAAAAUCUGGAUAUUCAUACAGAAAAUACAAUUUACAGAGCAAUUAUGUAUAAUGACAAAGAAAGAUUCAUCAUAUUCACCGAAAGAGAUGAAUUUGAUAAAGAUCAAAAACAUGUUAGUAAAUUAUAUCCAGAAACUCACUAUACAUUACUUGAGUUAUGUUGUUACCAUGGAGCAGUUGAUUGUUUCAAGUUAUUGAAAACAAAAUUCAGUUCAGAAAUAACUGAAAAAUGUCUAGAAUUAUCAUUUUUAGGCGGAAAUGCAGAGAUCAUGAGUGAAUGUUUGAAAUAUCAAAAACCAGAUUGUGGAUGCAUGUACUAUGCAAUUAUUUCACACAACAUUGAUUUUGUUACAUUCUUGAUGAAUGAGUACAAUAUAGAGAUCGAUUUAGAAUGCUGCCAAAAUUAUAAUAAUCUUGAAUCAUUUUUAGUUUAUUAUGAUCAAACAAAUGAUUUUAACGAAUGUUUUCUUUAUUCAUCGAUGUUUGAUAUUGCAUCCCUUUGCGAAUAUUUCCUAUUAAAUGGUGCAAAUGUUAAUGCAAGAGAUGGAUAUAGACAGACAGCUCUUCAUUUAGCAGCUUUUUUUGAUUAUAAAGAAAUAAUCGAACUUCUUCUUUCGCAUGGGGCAAAUAUUAAUGUACAAAAUAUGCAUGAAAAUUUCCCUCUUACUAUUGCAGUACGUAACAAUAAUAAAGAAAUAACUGAACUUCUUGUUUUACAUGGUGAAAAGAUUAAUGAAAAAUCUGAAGCUGUGAGCAAUGCUCUUCAAUGUGCAGUAGCUAAUAACAAUAAAGAAAUGGCCGAAUAUCUUAUUUUACAUGGUGCAAAUGUUAAUUGGAAAGGUGAAUUCGGAAUAACUCUUCGUAUUGCAGAAGUAUUUAGUUCUAAAGAGAUGGUUGAAUUUCUUAUUUCGCAUGGUGCAACAAUUAAUGGAGAAUAA